CGAACGCCAAGUACUCAAAGUGCAGAUGGAAGUUCUGAAGGAAGUACUGAAGAAAGUACUGAAGAAAGUACUGAUAAAACGACCACCGCAACAUCGCCAAAACCAGUUGUUAAAGCCCCUGAGCCCGAAAAUAGUUCAGGUUGGAAAACAUUCGGUCUUUGGUUCUUUAGCAUUGCCCUUGCCGUGGCUAUUUUAGCAGGGGCCGUAUAUUACAUAAAGCGUCGCCAUGGUACCUAUUCGGUGCGGAACCAGUGUGAACCCAACGAACCUUACGAAAAUACCGUCGUUGAAUUUAAUGAUCGAAAAUAGACGUGCAGCACUAACACAAAUUUAA